AUGGAUAAUACAAUACGUCUGUGGAAUGUUGAAUAUGCUACACUGGCGUAUGCAACAAUGAAUAAAGGUUUGAUGAAUUCAUAUUCUUGUGGAUCAUGUUGUACAAUCUUAAGAGGACAUAGUAAAUCUGUGAAUUCAGUACAAUUUGUACCAUAUGGAAAUAUAUUGGUCACAGGUUCAUCUGAUAGAACAGUCUCCUUAUGGGAUGGCCGUACGGGUCUAUGUGAACAUACAUUUCUUGGACAUACCCAUUCAAUCAAUCAUGCUAUAUUCAAUCAACAAGGUACUUAUGUUAUAUCAUGUGAUACUGGUGGCUUUAUACGACUUUGGGAUUUAAGAAAGUUGAAUAAUUUCACCUUCGGUAUAAAUUUACCUUCAGUAACAAAAGGCACACAACUAUCUACCACCGCUAAUACUACUACUAAUAAUAAUACCCAUAAUAGUAAUAAUAGUAUCAAUGAGGACGAGACGAAAACAUUGCCAACUUUAUUCGAUUUGAAUAAAUGCAGUAGAAAGCCAGAUCAAUCACGUCGUCAUCGUCAUAACCGUACACAAAUUCCAGGGAAACAACAACAUUCUGAACAUCAACCGCAUAGUGAUCAACAAUAUCAGCACCGGCAACAGUCGAAUAAAGUUGGAGUGAAUCAGUUGGUUGUUGACUUGAGUGGUGAAUAUAUUUUGGCAGCCUGCGAUGAUUCAAAGAUUUAUUGUAUAGAAAUAUCGACUAGUCAGAUAUCAACUUUACAAGGUCAUGAAGAUUCAGUACAAUCAAUUGUAUUAGAUUAUGAAACAAAUUUCUUGUAUUCAGCGUCAAAUGAUCAAAAAAUAUGCUCCUGGGUGUAA